AUGACUGAUCCAAGCAUGCCCACUGACCCAUUCUGGUGCGCCUAUUUCUCCCUAGCUCGGUGUCGCGAGGAACCCUAGGAUCCCCUGCCGUCGCCACUGUGCUGCCUCUCUCUGGCGAGGUUUGUGUGUGAGCCGCAUGCUCACUCUGCCGCCAUAGCAGCGCCUCGGAGGUGCUGGUGCCGUUGGCUCCCACUCCCCCCACCCCCCACACCCACAGAACAUGGGCUGAUUUUGUUGGAUUUUAAUCUUCAAUCACAACAGAGAUGUUAUCCUAGAGAGAAUAAACACACGUAAACUGAGAAUAAGAUGGGAUUGGCACCUGAUUUUGAGGAGUACUAGGCUCUGAUGGUGGAUUCAGCGCCUUGUAUGCAGCCGAGCACCCUUCUCCUCUGGAUUUUGCUUUAAGCUUCAGGAUUACUGUUUUAUUCUCUCUUCUGUGAGAAGUUUCUCCUGAAUUCUGACUUCUCUUUAGCCUUGGUUAAUUCGUCCUUUGGGCAAGGUGUUUUGACUAUUAGCCCACAAAGUACAGUUUAAAACCACUUUUAGGAAUUUGGGUGCUGCUGGAACCUUCAAUAUGGAAGAGGAUGACGAUUACCAGGAUUAUAUUCCUGUCAAUAAGCGGAGGGCGAUGGAGGCACAGAAAAUACUUCAGUACAAGGGGAAAGCUUCCGCCAUAGAAGAUGAGGCUGAGAAAUUAAAAGUUGCUGAAGUUAAGCCGAGCUUGCUUGUGAAGGCAUCACAACUGAAGCGUGAUAUCCCUGAGAUCAGUCCUACGGAGCAGAUUGUGCAGCAAGAGAAGGAGAUGAUUGAACACUUAUCAGAUAGGAAAACCCUUAUGUCUGUUCGUGAAUUGGCCAAGGGAAUUACUUAUACUGACCCAUUGUUUACAGGAUGGAAGGCACCAUUGCCAAUUCGAAGAAUGUCAAGGAAGGAGUGUGAAUCAAUCAGAAAGCAAUGGCAUAUCAUUGUUGAUGGUGAAGACAUUCCCCCACCUAUAAAGAAUUUUAGGGAUAUGAGAUUUCCAGAACCAAUUUUGAAGAAGUUGAAAGCCAAAGGGAUUGUCCAACCGACUCCUAUUCAGGUGCAAGGGCUUCCAGUCAUUUUAUCUGGGAGGGAUAUGAUUGGGAUUGCAUUUACUGGCUCGGGGAAAACACUGGUAUUUGUGUUACCAUUGAUUAUGGUGGCAUUGCAAGAGGAAGUGACAAUGCCCAUUCUUCCAGGAGAAGGGCCAUUUGGGUUGGUGGUUUGCCCUUCAAGAGAACUUGCUAGACAAACAUAUGAAGUUGUGGAGCAAUUUUUGAUUCCAUUGAGGGAGCAUGGAUAUCCUGAAUUAAGACCACUGCUUUGCAUUGGGGGGGUUGAUAUGAGGUCACAAUUAGAGGUUGUGAAGAAGGGUGUUCAUAUUGUGGUUGCGACCCCUGGUAGGUUGAAGGACGUACUCGCGAAGAAGAAGAUGAGCCUUGACAAUUGCAGGUAUUUAACACUGGAUGAGGCAGAUAGACUUGUAGAUCUAGGAUUUGAAGAUGAUAUAAGAGAAGUGUUCGACCAUUUCAAAGCUCAGAGGCAAACUCUUUUAUUUUCAGCCACCAUGCCCACAAAAAUUCAGAAUUUUGCUCGAAGUGCCUUAGUAAAACCUGUAACUGUUAAUGUGGGGAGGGCAGGAGCUGCAAACCUUGACGUCAUUCAAGAAGUUGAAUACGUGAAGCAAGAGGCAAAGAUUGUCUACCUUCUCGAGUGCCUGCAAAAGACUGCACCUCCUGUUUUGAUAUUUUGUGAGAACAAGGCAGAUGUGGAUGACAUUCAUGAAUAUUUGCUCUUGAAGGGUGUUGAAGCGGUGGCUAUACAUGGAGGCAAGGAUCAAGAAGAGAGAGAGCAUGCCAUCUCAUCCUUCAAAGCAGGCAAGAAGGAUGUCUUGGUUGCCACAGAUGUCGCUUCUAAGGGUUUGGAUUUUCCUGAUAUCCAACAUGUUAUUAAUUAUGACAUGCCAGCAGAGAUUGAAAAUUAUGUACAUAGGAUUGGGCGAACAGGAAGAUGUGGCAAAACUGGUAUAGCAACAACCUUCAUAAAUAAGAAUCAAAGUGAAACAACCCUUCUUGAUUUGAAGCAUCUUCUGCAAGAGGCGAAGCAGAGGAUUCCCCCUGUUUUGGCUGAACUCAGUGAUCCAAUGGAAGAUGUGGAUGCAAUAACCAAUGCAAGUGGAGUCAAGGGUUGUGCGUUUUGUGGUGGGCUUGGUCACCGUAUUCGUGACUGCCCCAAGUUAGAGCAUCAGAAAAGCAUGGCUAUUGCAAGUUCCAGGAGGGAUUAUUUUGGAUCUGGGGGUUAUAGAGGGGAAAUCUGAUUUUAUAUAUAUAUAUCAAUGUUCUCUUAUUAUUGUAGAUCAACUACACUGAGUUUGCUCUGCCUAGGCAAGGAUUGAACUUUGUGCAGAUGAGAUGGGCAAGUUAUACUCACUGGCAGAGAACCAUUUACUGUAAUCCUUCAUUUUCUAAAAUGUGCAGAUCAAGAAGACCAUGGGAGUGAAAAGUCUCAAGAAGAUUCGUAUCUCCCUUUUUCUUCCUUAUGAGCUUCUUGCACAUUUUUUGUGAAAGUGCAGACGUUUAACCAAACUUGUGAGCUUAUGUGCCAUUUGGUGGUGUCGACCGGUGGAAAAUUAAUCAUGAAUUUAGAGGUUCUCAUUUCUAAACUGAUAUAGAAGAAACCAGAAAAGAAAUUCCAUGUUUGAGGCUACAGAAGUGGACCAGGAAGGCUCUCUACUUCAAAAAGGGCACUUCUCUGUGGCAUGGUACAAACUGAUAGACCCAGCACUAUGUAGGUGAGUAGCUCCCACACCUUUGACUAGGCAGAGAUUGAGACAGAUUUCAGAUAGGUGGGUCUUGUAAUCAUAAAUAUGAAAGCAAUAUUUCCGAUCGUUUUGUAUUUGUUUUGCUCUGAGCUUCUCUCUGAACCUUGUAUUUUUUCCUAGAUUUCAUUUUUGCAGUUUAUUUUGCAGUUGGUUGUGUUUAUCUCAA